AUGAAGAUCCUCCCAUCCCUCACCCCCGACCUCACCGAGUGGGCUCUGAAACAACCACUCUUUUACGUGGCCUCGGCGCCGACCUACGGGCAGCACGUCAACGUCUCCCCCAAGGGCUUGGCGUCGACUUCGCUGGCUGUCCUGUCGCCGAACCGCAUCGCCUACCUGGACCGCACCGGCUCCGGCUGCGAGACCAUAGCGCACCUGUACGAGAACGGCCGGGUGACCGUCAUGUUCAACUCGUUCGGUGCCGCUCCCCGCAUCCUCCGGCUCUUCUGCCACCGCAGGGAGGUGGUGGAGCGCGCCGACGAGGAGAAUUUUGCCGCCUGGAUCGAGCGGCUGGGGAUGCCGUCGCGGCCCGACGGCGCCAGGGCAGUCAUCGUCCUCGACGUGUUCAAGGUCACCACCAGCUGCGGCUUCGCCGUGCCCAUGGUCAAGCGCCAGUUCUGGGACAAGGAGGAGGGCGGCGAGGCGGAGCUGGCCGUGUUUGAGGAUCGGCAGACGCUGAACCAGAACGCAGCCAAGAAGGAGGAGCUCGGCAAGAUCUUUGAGUACCAGAUCCAAAACAACGUCGUGUCCCUGGACGGCCUGCCCGGGCUCAAGGGCGCGAGGAGGGCGCACCCCGACGCCAAGUUGGGAGUGCUGCCGGGACACGUCAGGGCAUACGCCGGGAGGGUGCUCGCGCAGCACGAGGGGAUGGCCGUCGGGUUUUUGGCUGCUUUGCUGCUUUGGGUGAUGGUGACGGCGCUCACCCGAGGCAGUCAGGGGCUGACUCUUGCAAACUAA